GGCGGCCCCGCGUUUCCCCCUGUGCAGGGGAGCCCGGAUCCGCGCCCUGGGCGGAGCCAUGGCGGGGGCGGCUGCCUGGCUCCGGCUCUUGCUGCUGCUGCUGCUGGCCGGCGCCUCCUGCUGCUUGGGCGGGCUCAGCAUCUACCUGAGCAGCUGGGCGGUGAGGGUGCCCGCGGGGGCCCGGGAGGCGGAGCGCCUGGCCCGCAAGCACGGGCUGCUCUGCCUGGGGCAGAUAAUUGAAGGGGAACACUAUUACCAUUUCAAACACCGAGGCAUGGUGCAGGAAUCCCUGAACAGACACUGGGGCUGGCAUGUGCAUCUGAAACGAGAGCCCAAGGUCCACUGGUUUGAGCAGCAAACGCUGAAGAGGCGUACGAAAAGAACCAUCACUGUCGUGCCAACAGAUCCUUGGUUCCAUAAACAGUGGUACAUGAACAACGACGUCCGUCCAGACCUGAACAUCCUUACGGCUUGGAGCAAGGGGUACACCGGCUUGGGCGUGGUGCUCUCCAUCCUGGAUGACGGACUGGAGAGAGACCACCCCGAUCUGUCUGCUAACUACGAUCCCCUUGCGAGUUAUGACUUCAACAGUAACGAUCCCGACCCACAGCCUCGUUACAACAUCUGGGAUGAGAAUCGGCACGGGACACGCUGCGCAGGAGAGGUGGCAGCUGCAGCCAACAACAGACUCUGUGGAGUCGGCGUUGCGUACAAUGCAAAAAUUGGAGGUGUGAGGAUGCUCGAUGGGCCCAUCACGGACAUCGUGGAGGCUCAGUCCUUGAGUUUCCGCCCCCAACACAUCCACAUCUACAGCGCGAGCUGGGGCCCAGAGGAUGAUGGUAAAACUGUGGAUGGACCUGGGAUCCUGGCCCUGGAAGCUUUCUACAAGGGGAUAGUGAAUGGGCGCGGCGGCCUGGGGUCUCUCUUCGUCUGGGCCUCUGGCAAUGGCGGCAUCCACUCCGACAACUGUAACUGCGACGGGUACACCAACAGCAUCUACACCCUGUCGGUGGGCAGCGCGACCCAGAGUGGCCGGGUGCCCUGGUACAGCGAGGCCUGCGCCUCCACCCUCACCACCACCUACAGCAGCGGCAUCAAGAGCGAGAAGCAGAUCGUGACAACUGACCUGCGGCACCGCUGCACCGACAAGCACACGGGCACCUCGGCCUCUGCCCCCCUGGCUGCCGGGAUGAUCGCGCUCGCUCUGGAGGCCAACCCAGCACUGACCUGGCGUGACAUGCAGCAUCUCGUGGUGAGAGCCUCCAAGCCAGCCCACCUGCAGGCAGAAGACUGGGUCCUGAACGGAGUCGGACGCAAAGUAAGCCACCAUUACGGCUAUGGACUCCUGGAUGCUGGCGAUCUGGUGGACCUGGCCAAGAAGUGGACUACGACCAGGCCCCAGAGGAAGUGUUCCAUCAAGGUUGUCUACGUGCCCCUGGAGAUAGGCUCAAAACUCACUGUCAGCAAAGAAGUCUCCACCUGCAUUGGGAGGACCAGGCAUAUCCGCUCCCUGGAGCACGUCCAGGUCCGCAUCUCUCUAAGCUACAGCAGGAGAGGGGAUCUGGCCAUCUCUCUGACCAGCCCAAUGGGAACCAAGUCCACCCUGGUGGCCAUCAGGCCAUACGACACCAGCAACCAGGGCUACAGGGAUUGGUCCUUCAUGUCCACACACUUCUGGGAUGAGGAUCCACGGGGCACCUGGACGCUCUUCCUAGAGAACAAGGGUGAUGCUUACAACACAGGGUUCCUCACCAGCUUCGUCCUGCAGCUCUACGGAACGGACGAGGACAUGACGGCCAGGAAGAUAGCAGCCUCCGUUGUGAGCGAGUGUGUUAGGCGGGAUUCCAAGGGAGUGUGCGAGGAAUGCAGCAGCGCCUUCUAUGCGUUCCAGCACCUCUGCCUGUCCUACUGCCCUCCCCGCUAUUACAACCGAUCCAGGAGGUCCCCCAGCCUGGAGAGGAGCCCACACCCUGCCCAGGUCUGUGCCACCUGCCACCCGUCCUGCUACACCUGCCGGGGGGACACCGCCAACAACUGCACCGCCUGCCCCCCCUUCUGCACCUUCCACGAGCUCUCCCACUCCUGCUCCCCGCCGGCGUACCCCUCCGUCUUUCCCAGCAAGCCUGCAGCGGCGCAGCACCGGCAGCACCUCAUCUUCAUCGUCCUGGCGAUCCUGCUGGGUGGGGGCCUUCUCCUCAUGGGUGUCCUCUGCAUCACCUGCCAUGGGGUGUCCCUCGCCGCCUCCUGGAGGCAGCGGAGGGGGCUCUCCGCUCUGCCCACAGCUGCUGGCCUGGAAGGGGGAAAUCAGCCUGGGACCCCGAGACAGGCUGGGUGCUUAAAUGAGCUCGGGCAGCUGCAGGCUCUGGGGCCACCAGUGGAGGGCAGCGCUGGCCACGUAGCCCAGACCCUGCCUGCAGGCCAUGCUGCUUCCAGACUUAGAACCUGAGACCACCCCCUCCCUGUGAAAUAAAUCAGCUAUUGUCAGUCACAGCUGGCCCCUCCUCUCUUGCUGGCUACCAUGACCACUGCAUUGGAUGCCCUCCCAUCCCAGAGCCUCAGGGGUCGGAGAGUCAGGUGGGGGGCUCCGUGCUCCUCUGCGCCUGUCCCCGGCUGUGGCUCCUGGGGGCUACUGCAUGUCGGCGGAGGGCCGCAGCAUUGCUAAGCGUGUGGCGUGUCGCCUUCCCCGCCCACAAGGGAGGGAGAGUGAAAAGUGAGGAGUUGGGAGAGGAUUUUCCACCCAGUCACCUGUCCCUCUUCCCGCCAGAGGAGGGUGUUUGACCCCUCACAGGCUGUGAGCUGAGGCAGCUUUGCAGGUGGGAGUGGGAGAAUGUUAAGCUGGUAGCUGGACUGCUUGGCACACAGACAGCCCCGGGGAUCUCGCUAGGUAACAAAGGACCAAGCCUUGAUCUCUGCAGCCCAGAGCAUCAGAGGCCUUUAGGAACCCGCUGCCCAUUGAAAGCAAUCGCAGCCUGGUGCCUCAGGCCGUUCUGUGAGGCUCUGCGCCUGCACUCCUGCAACCAGCUCCCGCCAUCGCUUUGUGCUGCGAAAUCCCUCACUGGCAGCGAUCCCCCUUCCGGUAACAGACGCGGCGGGGCCUGAAGAGGUAGAAACAAUAUUUUAUUUUGUUCGGAGGUUUUUGCCCAGGUAGGUUCUGCCAGGAACCAGCUGAGCAGAGCGGUGGCUGCCGUCACUACACGUAAUGGCCUUUUGGCGCAGGACACGGCCGACCGGACCCUCAGCUUGGAUUUCAAGGGGGUUCCUGCAGCUGCGGCGCUGGGCCCAGGCCUGCACAGUGGUCGUACAA